AUGUUUCGAUCAACACAUUUCUUCUUUCUACUGUCGAUUUGUAGUGUUUUCUCGUUUUUGGAUCUUACUAUUCGAUGUCCGAAUGGUCGACAAGCUUUACAUACGUUUGAUGUAACCACUCUAUCGUUUUCUGUACAAUGCUCAACACCAGGUCAGUCGUGUCGCGAACGAAUGGGUCUUUGUAAUGAACAUCAUCUAUGUUGUCCACGUACAUUAAAAAUGUCGUCAAAACCGUAUCUUUACGAUCGAGCAUCGAAUUUGAAAUUCGUUCGCAUUGGAAAUGAUUAUAAAGACUUUUAUCGAUUGUUUGAAAUUGAUUUGUUGAUGAAUUCCAAACGAAGUUAUGAUUAUCAUUCACGUUGGCUUUUCUUUGAUGAAACUUUGAGAGAUCUAUUUGAAAUGCCGAAAGCAAGAUUUUGGCUUCCAAUUAUCCAAUGUUUCCAGAAUCACGGUCUGUCUUAUGCUUUUGUUCCUAAAAACGCUACAUCCGUCACUUCAAAUGUUAGCGCAAUGACGAUCUUAACACGGAAAAAUGAUUCAUUCGAUAGUAUAUAUAUUUGUUAUAUGGCAACAAGAAAAGAACAUCGAAGGCAAGGUUUAGCAACUCGGUUAUUACAACAUAUUGUUCAACGAUCAUUAAAUGAACGAGAAAAUGGUGUGCAGUAUAUAACAUUGCAUGUUAAUACAAUGAAUACAGCUGCUUUGGAACUCUAUGAGAGAUGUGGUUGGCGAUGUGAAAUGUUUUUGCCAGGUUAUUUGAAUUAUGAUCCGCAUCAUGCAACAAAUCAUGCGUAUUUGUUAAAACUCCGUUUGAAUGGUGUGAAGAAUAUAACGAGUUUGUGUCGAGAUCGAUAUGCUGUGGAUAUCGAACCGUCAGAUGAUGAACAAAGUUCAUCAAACCCGUGUUCGUAUUCGUCACCAAAAAUCAAUAAAACUAUGGCUGAUCAAGAUCAAAGUGCAUCAACUGAUGUCAAUGAGACAGAAACUACGACUAGUUCGACAACAACUAAAUCAACAACUAAAAAAUCUAAGAGUAAAGGUGCCGCUGCAGCGACCGAUGUCGUCGAUGGCAAUAGUUCAAGAACAGCCGAACAUACUACCACUUCUCAAACCGGAUCGGUACAAGAAAUGUUAAAGAAAAUUACUUUAGUUGAACAAGCAUCAGCAGCCAUCACGAAUCGAAGUGCACCGAAAUCGGAUGAAGAAGCGGUGUCGAGACAAGAAUGGAAAUUUUGGCAUACACAACCCGUACCGACCAUUGGUACAAAGAUCACAUCGGAAAAUAACGGACCCGUUGAAGAAAACAAACCAAUUGAAGAAUUGAAACAAGAUCCGUAUAAACUGCCUGACGGAUUUUCAUGGGACGAUAUUGAUGUUAUGGAUGAUGAACAAUUAAAAGAAUUGUAUGUCCUUUUAAAUGAGAAUUACGUGGAAGAUGAUGACAAUAUGUUUCGUUUCGAUUAUUCAAUGGGAUUCUUACGUUGGGCUCUAUGUGCACCAGGAUGGCUUCGAAAGUGGCAUGCAGCUGUACGAGUUACCAAAAGUCGUAAAAUGGUUGGAUUUAUCAGCGCAGUACCUAUCAGAAUGAAAGUUUACGACAAGGAAGUUUCGAUGGUCGAAAUCAACUUUCUUUGUGUUCAUAAAAAAUUACGUUUAAAACGUAUGGCACCAGUACUAAUCAAAGAAAUCACUCGUCGUGUUAAUUUGGAAGGCAUCUUUCAGGCUGUCUAUACAGCUGGUGUCGUUCUACCAGGUAUUGUCAGCAAAUGUAGAUAUUGGCAUCGUUCAUUGAAUGUCAAGAAAUUAUUGGCUGUUCAAUUCUCGCAUCUGAGUAGAAAUAUGACAGUGCAAAGAAUGCAGAAAUUACAUCGCUUACCUGAGGCAACACAAAUUAAAGGUUUUCGAGAAAUGCGUCAUUCGGAUAUUCCACGAGCAUUUGCCUUACUUGCUCAAUAUUUAAAAAAAUUCGAUUUGUCACCUGUGUUCACCCAAGAAGAAUUCGAAUAUCUCUGCCAAAAUCGUCCCAACAUCGUCAGUUCAUUCGUUGUUGAACAAGAAGAUGGCGAAUUGACCGAUUUCAUUUCUUAUUAUCAUCUCUCGUCAACAAUCAUGAAUCAUCCGCAGUAUAAAACACUAAAUGCAUGUUAUAUGUACUACCAUGCAGCAAGUCGAACGCCGCUUUGUGAUCUAGUUAAUGACUGUCUUGUACAAGCACAUAAAGAUGGCUUUGACGUGUUCAAUGCACUUGAUUUAAUGGAUAAUAAAGAAUUCUUAGAAAAAUUGAAAUUUGGUGUUGGUGACGGUAAUCUUCAAUAUUAUAUUUACAAUUGGCAAUGCCCACAGAUGAACCCGGAAAAGGUUGCAUUGCUACUUCAAUAG